AAUGAAUGUAUUGCGCUCGCUCUCAGCCAAACUGAUGGUCGCAACUACGUAAACCAACUGCACCUACUAUCCGUAUCAUAGCAAGGACGAUAUAAAAUAACGUUGUUUUAACGUCCAAGGAUACUUCGCCAAUUCUCUUCUUGAAUGUCAUAUUACUGUACGUUGUAUGUGUGGUAAUAACAUGUCAGUUCCGUUGCCUGCUAUUGUACCUGCCGCUCGGAAAGCCACAGCAGCGGUGAUAUUUCUUCAUGGCCUGGGUGACACUGGCCAUGGCUGGGCAGAGGCCUUUGCUGGGAUCCGGACACCACACGUGAAAUAUAUCUGUCCUCACGCUCCAAUCAAGCCGGUUACAUUAAACAUGGGCAUGUCCAUGCCUUCCUGGUUUGACAUAAUCGGUUUGCAAACAGAUGCAGAGGAAGAUGAAGCUGGUAUUAAACAAGCUUCAGAGAAUAUUAAAGCACUUAUUGACCAAGAAGUCAAGAAUGGAAUACCAUCCCACCGAAUUGUUCUUGGAGGGUUUUCUCAGGGUGGGGCAUUGUCUCUGUACACUGCUCUCACAACCCAACAGAAGCUGGGGGGAGUGGUUGCUCUCAGCUGCUGGCUCCCCCUACGGAACUCCUUCCCCCAGGCGUCGGCCAACUCUGCCAACAAGGAGAUGAAUGUCUUGCAGUGCCACGGCGAGGCAGAUCCUCUGGUGCCCGUGACGUUUGGAUGUCUCACUGUGGAGAAGCUGAAGACCCUCUGCAACCCAUCUAACAUCACCUUCAAGACCUAUCCCAGAAUGCCUCACAGUGCAUGCCCUGAGGAAAUGAUGGACAUUAAGGAGUUUAUUGAAAAGCAGCUUCCUCCAAUCUAAUGCGUAGACACACAACCCCACCAAUAUCGGGAACUCCUGGCUCCUGUGAUGCUCCAAAGACUGUCUGAACCACAGACCUCCGUCAAUAGAACCUGCUGACUCGGGCCGGUCUGUGCUAGCCAGUAGGCCAAAACAAGGAGAGGGACAUUGUAACACAAACCAUCAUAUUCUCUACUUGCGCCAUAUGGAAUUCUCAGUAUUGAUAAGCCAUCUGGUCCUGGAAAAUACAUCUGUUGGGAGCAUCUAUGUGGUUUAACAAAUCUGUAUCUAAUAUUUUUAUUUGCAAUAAAUAUCUUUGUUACGGGGAAAUAUAAAGCUAAUAUAACGCAGUAGUAAAAAAAAAAGACAGCAUUAAAAUGAUUGUGCUUUAUUCGA